UCCGAUAGGCCCGGCCUGUUUCACACUCCAAAUAAAACUAAUAAAAUUCCUUAUUUGUUACACAGUUCUUUCUCUUUCCUUGAGAUAUAUCCAAAAUCCCUCUUUCGAAAUCCCCCGAAUUUCGCUCACCAAAAAUCUUCGUUUAUACGUUUUCUCAAAUCUUCAGCAUCUCCGAUCAAUCUAAUCGUUCCUCCGAUUUCUGAUCAUUGUUAUUCAAACUCUAAAUCAUAAUCUAGUCUAAGGCCGUGACCUAGAUUCAGCAAUGUUUGCUGUUUUGAAUUUCAGUCAGGGUUCAGGUAUGAUGAUCCAUCCAAGUGAUUUGUGUGUUUGUUUAAUUCAUCACUAACACUGUUAAAUUAUCUUUUCAAGUUUGAUUUCAAAGCCCUAAGUUAAUUGUUUAAGUCAUGGCGACUAAAAAACCUAAACGAUCGACUGAAGAAGUUGAGGAUAUAAUUAUUCGGAAAAUAUUUUUGGUCACGCUAGUUGAUUCAAUGGAUAAAGAUAGUAGAGUUAUUUACUUGGAAUUAACAGCUGCUGAGAUUUUAAGUGAAGGGAGACCAUUAUUGUUGAAUCAUGAUUUGAUGGAACGAGUGCUUAUUGAUAGAUUAUCAGGUCAGUUUCCCGGUGCUGAACCGCCUUUUGUUUACUUAGUUGGUUGUUAUGGUCGUGCUGGUGAAGAAGGUAAGAAGAUUACUGGUAUGAAAGAUAAAAGUUUGUUUUCUGCGAUGGAUGCUGUUGUGAAGCAGGCUAAGAGAUUGACUGUUUCGUAUUGUAGAAUUCACUUAGGUAAUCCAGAUAUGUUUACUAGCAAUGGUGAGAGUAAUGCUACUAAGUCGUCGGUUUAUCCACUACUUGGAUUGUUGUAUUCUCAAUUUUCGAGUUCCGUAGAUGCGUUUGGAGGAAGUAGUAGUAGUACUGAUGGUGGAUUGAGUUGUCCACCAGGGUUUUUAGAGGAAUUUUUCAGAGAUACGGAUAUGGAUAGUAUGGAAUCAAUUUUUAAAGAAAUGUAUGAAAGUUUAAGAGGAAGUGUUUUGAAAGUGUCAGCGCUUGGGAAUUUUCAGCAGCCGUUAAGAGCUUUAAGGAUGUUGAUUAAUUUCCCACAUGGUGCAAAAGCUUUGGUGAGUCACCCAUGGUGGUUACCUACCGGAACGUAUGUGAAUGGACGCGUUAUUGAAAUGACAAGUAUACUCGGGCCUUUCUUCCAUGUCAGUGCUCUUCCGGAUCAUACUAUCUUCAAGAGCGAACCAGAUGUUGGACAACAAUGUUUCUCAAAUUCACGGCGUCCAGCUGAUCUGCAAUCUUCCUUCUCAACAAUUAAGACUGUCAUGAAUAACUUAUAUGAUGGAGUUGCAGAAGUCUUUCUCUAUCUUUUAAAAAACAGUGAUACUCGGGAAUGUGUUCUCAGUUAUCUUGCUGAGGUUAUUAAGAAAAAUGCUACAAGGGCUCAUAUGCAGGUUGAUCCAGUCACUUCUGCAAGUUCAGGCUCGUUUGUAAAUCUUAGCGCUGUGAUGCUUCGGUUGUGUGAACCCUUUCUAGAUGCAAGUUUAACUAAGAGGGACAAAAUUAAGGCAACAUAUGUGUUUGAUAAUACUCGUUUGGACUUCAGAGGAUUAACUGCACUCCAUGCAUCAUCGGAAGACGUGACGUCAUGGCUUGAUAAUCUUAAAAUGGAUGGCUCUGACCGGACAUCUGAUGAAGAUAACCGGAUGUUGAAAUCUCAAGAAGCCACAAGUUCUGGCAGCAACAUUGGUUUACCUGCUAGUCUCUCUAAAGCUAAGCCAAUGACAACAUGUGGUGGAAAGACUCAAUACAAUUUUAUCUGUGAAUGUUUUUUUAUGACCGCAAGGGUGCUCAAUUUGGGUCUACUCAAAGCAUUUUCCGACUAUAAGCAUCUAGCUCAGGACUUGUCGAGGAGCGAGGAUACACUGUCCAACCUUAAAGGAAUGCCUCCCAGUCCACAGCUCCAGGCAGAUAUAGAUCGUCUGGAGAAAGAAGUUGAAUUUUUAUCUCAGGAGAAGUUGUGUUAUGAAGCACAGAUAUUGAGGGACGGAUCAUAUAUUCAGCGCGCACUCUCUUUCUACCGGUUGAUGGUUGUUUGGUUGGUAGAUCUUGUAGGCGGGUUCAAAAUGCCCUUGCCAUCGUGCUGCCCUAUGGAGCUUGCUUGUAUGCCUGAACAUUUUGUCGAAGAUGCCAUGGAACUGCUCACUUUUGCAUCUCGGAUACCUAGAGCGAUGGAUGGGUUCAUGCUGGAUGAUUUUAUGAACUUCAUUAUAAUGUUUAUGGGAAGUCCCAACUAUAUCAAGAACCCUUACCUCAGAGCAAAGAUGGUAGAAGUCUUGAUCUGCUGGAUGCCAGAAAGAAGUGGUUCAUCUUCAACAGCUUCCCUUUUUGAGGGUCAUCAAUUUGCCGUGGAGUAUCUUGUCAGGAAUCUUCUGAAGCUUUACGUUGACAUUGAGUUUACUGGAUCACAUACUCAGUUUUAUGACAAGUUCAACAUACGUCAUAAUAUUGCCGAACUUCUGGAGUACUUAUGGCAGGUUCCUAGUCAUCGCAAUGCAUGGAUAAAGAUUGCCAAAGAAGAGGAGAAGGGAGUGUAUUUGAACUUUCUGAACUUCCUGGUCAACGACAGUAUAUUUCUUCUGGACGAAAGUCUAAACAGAAUUCUGGAACUGAAAGAGAUAGAAAAAGAGAUGGCUAAUACCGUGGAAUGGGAAAGAAGAUCAGCUCAAGAGAGGCAAGAAAGAACCCGACAGUUUCAUUCUCAAGAGAAUAUCAUCCGAAUUGACAUGAGGUUGGCGAUGGAAGAUGUGGGCAUGCUAGCAUUUACUUCAGAACAGAUUACAGUGCCUUUUCUUCUUCCAGAGAUGGUUGAAAGAGUGGCAAGUAUGCUUAAUUACUUUUUGCUACAACUUGCGGGCCCUCAACGGAAAUCUCUUACUCUAAAGGACCCCGAGAAGUACGAGUUCCGUCCAAAGAUAUUGCUUAAGCGGAUUGUUGAGAUUUAUGUCAAUUUAGCGAAGGGAGACCGAGAAAAUAUUUUUCCAUCUGCAAUUUCGAAAGAUGGUCGAUCAUACAAUGAGCAGUUGUUCACCGCUGCAGCAGCAAUUUUACAUAGGAUAGGUGAGGACAGUAGGAUGGUACAAGAAUUUCUUGAGCUCGGUAACAAAGCAAAACUCGCAGCUUCAGAGGCAAUGGAUGCAGAGGCUACCCUUGGAGAGAUACCUGAUGAAUUCUUGGACCCAAUUCAAUAUACACUAAUGAAAGAUCCAGUUAUCCUUCCUUCUUCAAGAAUUACAGUGGAUCGUCCCGUUAUACAAAGGCAUCUUCUUAGUGACAAUAGCGAUCCAUUCAACCGUUCUCAUCUUACACAAGAUAUGCUUAUCCCAGAUGUUGAGCUGAAAGCAAGAAUUGAAGAGUUCAUUAGGUCUCAAGGAUUAAAGAAACAUAGUUCUGAAGGGCUAAACAAGGAAGCGAUGCAAACCGAAACAGGUGAAAUGACCAUGGUUGAGUAAUAGAAAACCUAAAUUUGUUGUUCAUCAGUUUUAGCAGGUAAGACGACACACACAGGCACAAGCAAACUAAAAGGAAUGUACUGAUUAUUAAAACUAUCUCUCUAUAUAUAUGUUUUUGAGAUGCACUUUUAUUGCUUAUGCCUGUGCCUUUUUUUUAAGGAUUCUUUUUUUAAAUCUGCCUAUAAAACUUCUGUCCUUAUGACAGGUUUUACCUUUA